AUGUAUGAGUUUGAUGGCAUUCAACAAAGAAGAAAUCCAUUUCAAUUCUGUAUAUAUACAACAUUUAAUGUCGUGUGUACAUGAAUGAAUGGUGUCAAUUUGUGACAAUAUGAAAUUUCCAGCCAAAUUGGAAUUAUCAUUUAGUUUACCACAAUAAUAAUAAUAAUAAUAAAUAAUUGCACGUAUUUUUUCCACCAAUUUCAAAGAAAAAAAAACAAAUCGUUUUUCUUAUUUUGAAUAUUGGCGACAACAGAAGAAACAGAAUGAUUCGAUGAAUGAUUAUUUUUUUAAUAUAUAUAAAACGAAGAAACCUCUUUGCAAACGAUAGUAGUUAACAUUUUGAUUUUUAUUAAACAACAUAAUACAUAUCAUAUAUCAUCAUAUAAUUAUAAAAAUGUAUCAUCCACAUUCCAUAAUUAUAUCGACAGUUUUAUUCAUCAUUAUCGUUAAUUCUCAAGGUAUUAGUAAUAAUAAUAAUAAUAAUAAUAGUCCAUUCUUGAGGGAUGGCAGAUUCGGUGUAUAUCAUUAUGAUGUAAUGGCAAUGAAAGGACGACAAGUUCAAUAUCCAAUACAUCCAAUGAUUUUGGCACGUCGAUCAUUACGUGAAAUGAAUGGAUUAUCAAUAUCAAAAUCAACAAUAAUGUCAUUGUUUGAAGCAUCACGUUGGGCACCAUCAUAUUAUAAUGUACAAAGUUGGCGUUAUGUUUAUGCAAUGCGUGAUGGUCCAUAUUGGGAUAAAUUUGUUGAUGCAUUAGUGCCCGGUAAUCAAAAAUGGGCUCGCCAUGCUGCCGCAUUGAUUGUUGUAUUAUCGAAUAAAUAUCAAAUACGUAAUGGAGAGAAAAAGAUGGUUGAAAGCCAUACAUUCGAUACGGGUGCUUCAUGGAUGUUGAUGGCACUAGAAGGUACAGCACGUGGUCUUGUUGUUCAUCCUAUGUCCGGUUUUGAUCGUGAAAAAAUAGCACGUACAAUUGGUUUGAAUAGUGAUGAUUAUAAAAUCGAGGCAAUGGUUGCCGUUGGUAAUCGUGUACGUGCGAUUAGUAAUGAAAAAAUUACUGAUCGUAAUCCCAUCGAUAAAUUUGUUAGCGAAGGCAUUUUCAAAGAGAAAAUUUAUGAAUAAAAUUUUCCAUGUUUAUUCAAAAAAAAGAUGAAUGAAUGAAUGAAUGAAUAAAUGAAAAAAUAGGAAUUGAAAUUUACAGAAUAUUUUUUCACACAUCUAUACACAUGCUUUGAUCUGUAUGAAUUUUUUUUUGCUUCAUGAGAAAAUUAUUAUAAUAUAAAAUUAAACAUUUGAUGAACGAUCA